UCUGCUUGCAAUUGAUUCUAAAGAGAACACUGUUAUAUAGAUUUUCAGACAAGUAACACGGAGGUUGCUUUUAUUAAACGGAUCUCUACUAUAUUAGUACAGUUUCAGAAUUAUGAGGGGUGUUUUUGAUGAAUCAAGAAAUCCAUUAGAAGGAAAAUGCACACAAGAUUUGGAUCAAUUAGUCUGUCAGCUUACCAAUCCUACUCUUAAUGUAACUGGUAAAUCUCAUUCAUUAGACAUUCUAUCCAACCCGUCGGAUCGAGAAUUAACGAGAUCUCCCACUGAACUAUCGACAGAUAUAAAAUAUAAAUGUUCUCUCGCACCAGAAUCUCCAAAGGACAAAAAGUCAGCGAAGAAAAAUUGGAGGAAAAGAAUUUUGGAAAGAAAAAAAUGUCAAGGAAAGAUUGGGUCAUGUGACAUCGACGAAUCUGUAGAGCUAUCAUUUGAUAAAGACACACGUGAUGUCAAAGACAUGUCUUUUGACAGUACAUCGUCUAAAUCAUCAUCAGGUUUGAAAAGUACACAAGUAUCAUUCAACUGUGAUUCGUCAUUAGACGCAUCUGACCUAGAACAACAACCGGAAGCGAGACCGCCAUUUCUGAAGAAGAUUGAUGACUCUGUGGAUCCGGAACAACAGUCUGAAGUGAAAGCUGUCAACAUGAAUAAAAAAGAUAAGGAGUCUAAAAGACAGAGACUCAAGCGGAUAAUCACUCGACCAUUACGGCGGAGUCAGAGCGCAUGCUGUGAAAAUGAAAUCCCAUCACAUGCAUUAUUUCUUGAUUCGAAAGGCAGCAAAUCUAAGGACACUAUGGAAAGUCGUGCUAUGGACCUACUCCUGUAUCAAAGACUUUUUGGUGAGCAGGAAGACAAAACAAAACGAUUCCAUAAGACUUUUUCGGCUGAGUCAGCAUUAGCAGAGAAAGAAGAACUACUCAACAACAACUUUUCUACAAAAUCGAAAUCCAAAAACUUGGCAAAGAAUAUGAAGAAAAGAUUUCAGUUUCUGAGAAGACAAAACACAGACACAGUCGUGGAUCAAGAAAACUCUUUUUCCUUUUUUAGUGUAACAACGUAUGAUCAAGCAUUACAGUGGAGUAGAUCAGUCGAGGAUCUCCUUCAUGAUAAAAAUGGGUUAGAACUUUUCCUUGGAUAUCUGAGAUCAGAGUUUAGUGAAGAGAAUUUGGAAUUCUGGAUUGCUUGUGAAGAAUUCCGGUCGUGUAAUGAAUCUAGUAUGGCGGUAAUGGCAGAACAGAUCUACAAUGAUUUUGUGGUUUCAAAAGCACCAAAAGAGGUCAACUUGGAUUCCGACACAAGAAUGGAAACAGUUUUAGCAUUGGAAAAUCCUUCAAGAGAUACCUUUGAUGUAGCACAGUACAAAAUCCAAGCUUUGAUGGCCAAAGACUCCUACCCUAGAUUUCUGGAAUCGGAACUCUACCAGUUUGUUCUGGAGAAUAUAUCCAAGGCUUAGAUGAAUGAAAAUGUUGAACUUACAUAUGUUUUUCCUGUAAAAUUUGCAGAUCCAGAAUUUUUUUUGAUAUAAUUUUGAUUAGACUUAUUAGAAGAUUAUAGUUUUAGCGAAGAAGUAAAUUAUCACUGUUACUACAUGUAACCUAUUCUUGGAAGAUGGCAAUGAAAACUAUAAACAGAAUGGAAUUAGGUAUGGUUAUUCAAGUAUAGAAAAGUUGUGAUGAUGAAGAACACAUUGAUUGGUUCUCAAUUUCUACCAAAGCGUCGAUUAAGAUGACAAGUCUCCAUUGGUAUUUUUUCCGAAAUUUAGACAUUGCAUGCACACUUACAUGUUUGAUCUCUACAAUUUGACCUUAUUAUACAUUAUUUUUAUAUAAUUCUUACCAGUGUUUUCUAUGAUUGAAUCAGUAUAUUGAUGGCAAUGGUACGAAAGAUAACAACUUAUUUAAAACAUUUAUGAAUUUAAUAUUUAUUUGAAGCAUUUAUGAAUUUAAUAUUUAUUUAAAGCAUUUAUGAAUUUAAUGUAUCAUUCAUGUUUAUGUUAGGUGAUACAAUGUAGUGUGUUCUGAUUUAUUAUUAGAGAAACUGUGAAUGAAAAUAGUGAGCAUUCCGACGUACAAUUCUUUGCUUUUUUAUCUCGAUUUUCUCCUUUGUUUUCACUUAUCGAUUUAGAAUUAUUCACAUGCAAGGCGAAAUGCCUAAUAUGCUGCCAAAAUCGUGGAAAUAAUUUUGCGUGUAAAAACGCCUAAUACCCGGAUUCAUGUAUUUGUAUUUGACAAACACGAAAUGACUCGCUGACCAAUUUUUAAAAGGAGCGAAACUAAAGCUGUUCCUAACAUUAUACAUGCUCUAAAAAAUGUAUGUAUUAUAAUAGUUUACCCCUAAAUUUGAAUAGGAAAAAGAACGAUAAAUCCGUAUUGGACUGUUUAAGUUGUUCGAAAUUGUUCGAUUCAAACGGACAAUUAUAUUUAGGUCCUUUUUUGUCAUGAAACUCUUCAUCUAUUUCGGUUCUUAUACAUUCUUAAUUUCAAAUAUUCGGCUUUGAGCGUUUCUGGUGAAGAAGUAGACAUAAGCUUCAGUAUCAUUUUAUAAUUUAUUUUGUCAAAUAUGUCAACUUCCUUACAUUCCAUUAUUGAUAUUUACAAUGUCGUGAAAUAUUGAAAAAAUGCAGGAGUCAACUAGGUAAUAUACGUAUCAAUUUCCAUGCUAACAAAUCAUUGAAAAAUGAAAUUUUUGUUUCAUUUCAUUUAAUGUUUAUAUGCAAGCACAAGUGCUCAUUCCGAACGAUUUUUAAUAUUUACGUUUAUCAAAUAAAUUUUCGUGAUUUAUUGCAUUUUGUUUUGCAAUUGUGACAUCAUUAUGUGAAGUUUGUUGUACUGCAGAUUUCCAUAGUUGUAUAACUAUUGUGACUUAUCAUUAUAUUAUAAAAUAUCUUUUUAUUGUUGAUCUUUGUAAAAAAAUCUGUUAAUGUAUAUAUAAUAUUUUUCUACCAGUUUGAAUCUUAUGCCCCUUUUUGCACACCAUUCCAUUGUUAUAUUUCUAUUUUCUUAUAUUAUUAAGCACA